AUGACAGAACCAGUCACUGACAAUUUGGCGGUUUCAGAGGAGACAUCCUCGUCUUUUGCGGCGUCGCCGCUCCCAGCGGUCGGCGAUCUCUCGUCUGAACAGACGCUCGACCACCACAGCGUUCUGCAUUCUCAUGAGCGGACGGAGGAGAAAAAGCGAGCGCGAUCUAGCCAUAACAUGCUUGUCUUUGACACCACCAGGAGUGGAGGAAAUCCGCGCAAGCGACGCGUGCGCCACUUGAACCGAGAGAAUGCCAGGCUUUUCCGACCGUUUAUUUUAAAGAAGGGCACUGGCGACGUGAUAAAAAUGGGAAGUGGUGUGGACGACACGCCUGUCGUGCGUCACAAGACGGCAAACUCAGGACAAUUUGUGCGGCGCAAUCAGACGUGGGAGAUCGCAACUCGUCCGAACACCGUCCCCAGAGAUGUCUGCGCCUCGACAGUCGAUUCCGUCGUUUCGGACUGGCUGCCGCCAGACAGCAAGCAUGUACGGUGCAGUGAAAUGUCUGAUCGCGUCACCCGGAGUACAUGCGCAACAAGUAGAGUCGCUUCUCUUGAAGCAGCUGACGAAGCGGUCCGAACGAGCGACUGCCCGACAAUAGCGGCACUUGGGUGCGACUCCUUGGGUGCUCCACAGGCGGGAGCGGAGCCGAGUGACACUCGGAAAGAAGACUUACCUGAAGAAAUCCUCGAGAAGGCAGCGAGCGGAGAAAAAAACGGCAAGAAUCGCCAAGAAGGCAUCGCUGCAUCGUCAAGCGGAAGAGAAAAGACCUCAGGACUCCUGUUCACCAUCGCUACCCCCACAGAAGACCCAGUGAAAGCCGUCACGCCUAGCCUGUAUGACGUGUACGGAGGUGGGGAUAUCAGCGAUGGAAAUACGGGUGCAACUCAGUGGGCGGCAGGUGACUCAAACGGUCCCUGCAUUCCCACCGAAGAGGCUGAAGGUGGAAGCCUCUCGUUGGCUCCCCUCUUCGCGGAGGAGGAAGAUCAAGAGUUGCCACUUCCUCAGUUGCCUUCCCCCGCCUCCGCAUUGGGUGUGGGAAUUGCUACUGCUGACGAGCAAGCUAGUGACUCAUGUACCGCGACCGGAGGCAAGCACGAACGGAGUCGCAAUCCCGGCUCUGGCGGGGGAGGCGGCGGGGCAAGUGCAAGCAGUGCCCCCUUCUACAGCGUAUCCGAGGGUGCGAUGAGCAAAAAGGUCCUCCUUCGAAGCCACAGAUUUUACCCUGUUGUUCGCGGAGUCUCCCGCGAUAACACGAAGCGACGGUGGGCCGUAUACUGGAAGGGAAACCGGAAGUACUUCUACGAUAAGUUCUACGAGGACUGCUACCAGGCAUAUCUGCAUGCUGUGGACUUCCGCAAACAUGCAAAGGCACAUGGCCCCCUAGCGGGCGCCGGUCCUACUACGGGUUUGAUCCCUGGGCCUGGGUCACCUUCCUUCUUGCUGAACUCUUCCGGGACAUUUGACCGGGCGUCGGGUGCCGUAGGGGCGCCGUCUUUCGUCGCAUCCUGCUCUUCAGCGAUGUCGACGUCAUCAUCUGCUACGGGCUCUUCGUUAAUCUUAUCGCCAGCCGAACGCCUCCCGCGCGGCUCACGGGAACUGUCGGCUGCUCCCGCAGAUGCGCUGCUUCGAGAAAGCACUGUGGAUGAUAUGCUAGCUACGCUCAACCGGCAUGGCGUGGCUCCAAGCGUAGAGUCUCUCUUCCCCGAAAGGUGGACGAAGCGUUCUGUUCGGGUCGAAAGAGGCACACGUGGCUGCCGUUGA